AUGGAUUAAAAAGUAGGCUAGAAAAAUAACAGUUUGAACUAAACUUAUAGAUAUACAUAAAAAAAAUUAAAUAUCUUUGAAUUGCAGUACCAUAAUAGGAUAUAAAGAAUUGAAGUAGAAAGACGUGCGUGUACUAUACAGAAGCUAAUCUAGACCAACGAAUAAGAUUAAAAACCAUAAACUUUAAAUGAAAUGAUAGUACAGCCAAAGCUCUAUUAUUAACAAAAUGAUCCUACUAUGAUUUUUGAAACACAAAUUCAAUUUCCAAAUGGGUUUACUCAAGUUUUGAUUAAUGAAGUCAAAAUAAUAUUUUCUAGUAGCAAAGGAUAAAGGAAUUAAUUAUCUAAAAAUAAAUAUCAAAGCUAAAAUUUUGAUUUAAACUCAAAGAGUGCAAACGAAAAAGAAUAAAUAUUUUUAAUUUUGGAAGACUUUUAUAUUGACGUGAGAGUAGAUUCAAAAAAAUGUAAAAAUAAAAGUUACUUUCGUUAUAUUUAGGAUGAUCCAGUGAUUGAAUCCAAAGUGAUGUUUGUAUCUAAUGCAUUAAGAGAAUGCUUAAUUAUAAAGAAUAUAAUUAAAUCUCAUAAAAAAAUGAUAACUUCAAUUCUAAAUAUUAUUUUUUAUGAAGACAAGUGUUUUGAUAAAAAUCUAUUCAAAAUUAUUUCUAAACCAAAAAAAAUGAGUAAUAAUAAACAGCAGUUCUCAAAUUUUGAUCCUGAAUAUUAAAACUCUAAUUUAACAGGCAGUAGCUCAGAUUCUAAUAGCAUAAAAACUAGCGAGAAUGAAGUCAGGUAAAAAUCAAAAGAAGAUGAAAGAAAUUUUAUGGGAUAAUCUGAAAAUAUAGGAUUUUAGAUUAAUGGGUAAAAAAUUGAUGAUGUGACACAGAGUAUUUAAGAAUCAUAAAAUAAUACUAAUUUUGUCUAGUUUAAUGAAUAGGAGACUAGUCAAAGCAAUUUAUUUAAUAUAUUAAAUGACAUCAUAAAAUAAAAAUAUACAAUUUAACAGAAUAAAAAUGAUGACCAAUAAAAUUUUUAGAAAAAUGAAAACAUUUUAGCCGAGGAAUAGUUGAAUAUCAGCUAAUAAAAUUGUAAAAAUACUUCACAGCAAUUAGGAACUUUAUCAAAGAAAAAUGUUGUAAAAAAUAUUGUGAAAGCCUUUCAAAGAUAUCUAAAAAGUGAAGAGUUCAAAUAAGAAAUUGAAACAAUUUUGGAAAAGCAUAGUUCAAUUUCAUAUGAGCCAUUUUUAAAAAAGUAUUUAAGCUAUGAAAAGAAAAAAAGUUACAAUAACAAUCUAAUUAAGCUAUUAAUCAAUAAUGAAGAUUUUUCGAGUGUUUUCAAAUUUUUCAUAAAAAAUAGGUCAAAAUAAAUGCUUUAAAACUCAAAUGUUUCAGAUAAAAUUACCCAUUUUUAAAUUCUUGAUAAAUAUAUUGAUGCUAUUGAAGAUCCCCACUCUAAUGGUAAUAUAUUUAGCUCCAAAAAAGUAGGCACAAAAAAGAAGAAGAGUAAACAAAAUUGA